AUGGCUCCAUUCAAAUUUGGAAAGAAACAGAAGAAUCGGAAAGAUGCUUCUGCAUCUCCAAAUACAACACCUAAUUCUAACAGCACUAUUGGUAACACUAGCUUUCAACAAGAAUUGAGAUCUCCUGGAUCUAGUUCUACACCUACCAAACAGAACUAUCCAAAACCAGCUGCAGAUUCUGGGUUACUUGCGGCUCAACAACGCGUUAUGGUCAGUCCUGUUGAGCAACGAUCUACGUCCACUCAGAGUACCCUACAGCAGCAGGUGUUCACGCCAUGGAAUAGAAUUAGACUAAAGCAGUCCCCUUUCCCCAGAUAUAGGCAUGUUGCCAGCUCAUAUGCUACUGACAGUGGAGAAUUGUUUGUAAUCGGAGGUUUGCACGACCAAUCGGUUUAUGGAGAUACAUGGAUAAUCAAGUCACUGGACAACGCUACAAGUUUCAAGUCUAUUACAGUUCCCAUUGCAGAUGCUACUCCACCUCCUAGAGUCGGUCAUGCCUCCACACUGUGUGGGAACGCAUUCGUGAUUUUUGGUGGUGACACUCAUAAAGUGAAUGAUGCCGGUUUGAUGGACGAUGACAUAUAUUUGUUCAAUAUCAACUCUCACAAAUGGACCAUACCAACACCUCAAGGACCUAGACCACUUGGUAGAUACGGUCACAAAAUCAGUAUAAUUGCUGCGAACCAAAUGAAAACCAAACUUUAUGUGUUUGGUGGUCAGUUUGAUGAUACCUAUUUUAAUGAUUUAGCAGAGUUUGACCUCUCAUCUUUCCGGAGAUCUGAUUCUCACUGGGAAUUUAUUAAACCGGCAACUUUCAUGCCACCACCCUUGGCUAACCACACGAUGAUCUCGUUUGAUCAUAAGUUGUGGGUAUUUGGUGGUGAUACUCCUCAAGGUUUAACUAACGAAGUCUUUAUGUUUGAUCCAGCUGCCAAUGAUUGGUGUGUAGUGCAGACUACAGGAAACAUCCCACCGCCAUUACAAGAGCAUGCUGCUAUCAUAUACCGCGAUUUAAUGUGUGUUUUUGGUGGGAAGGAUGCGCAGGACAAUUAUUCAAACGCCGUGUAUUUCUUAAACUUCAGGAGUCUAAAAUGGUUCAAACUACCAACUUUUAAUAAUAUGAUUCCAAGAGCAAGAUCCGGACACUCUCUCACUCUGUUAUCAAAUAAUAAACUGCUAAUCAUGGGUGGUGACAAGUUUGAUUAUGCUGUUGGUAACAGCACCGAUGUACGCACUUCUGAUGUCGACAUGGGAGCCGGUACCAUUAUUUACACUUUGGACCUAACAAACUUGAAUGAGUUUUGUCCUGACAUCUUUAAGAUCGAUGAUGUUGAUCACCUGGACAAAUUUAGUACGCCAUUAUCGAAAUCCAAUGGAAGAUUUGAUGAAUUGAAAAACAAACAAGCUUCAAUUCUAUCACCAGAUGUACCAGAAACGGUGAACACAACUCCUGCAGUUAGAAAACGCUCUGAGUCCGGCGUCCUCGGACCUACUGCUCCUAAACCAAAAUCACCAGUUCCACAACAAGAUGCCAAUACAGAUCCUCCAAGAGUAUUGUCCUUGCAGUCUCAGUUAAGUUCAGAGACGCAAAGUGACACUGAUCCUGAUGUUGGGUCUGUAGAAGUUGUUCAGUAUAGAACUUCGCCGACAAAAGGUGAUGUAAAAAAAUACGCUGUUGGAACCAACUUGAGAUCCUCAUCGGACUAUGAAAAUUAUUCACCAUCUAUCAUGCAUAACACAGGUGCUGAGCCUUCGCCUAAACCUAACUCCUUGUCAGAUACGACGCACUUCGAUAAAUCCAUAGAUGUAAUAACUGACGCUGAUAAAAGCCCUGUCACUUUAAGUGAACCUGCUCGUAUUGUUUCUGAAAAGAAUGAAAACAACAUUCUGAAAGAAUUACUUGAAGAGUUGAAGCAAUUGAAGGAGGAUACUGUGACCAGUGCUACUAGUGCAAACAGCAGAAUAAUGGAAUUGGAACUAGAAAAUACAGAAUUAAAGCAAUUGAACCAAUUAAGUCACUUGAAUGACAUGAUUAAGCACCAAACAGAAGUAAUUGCCAAGCUACAAUCAGAAGUCGAUAAUAAGGAGAAAUAUGUGGAUUUGGAAUCAAAGUAUAUCGUAUUAUCUGAGAAAUAUGAGUCUCUCACGAAAGAACUCGAUUCGAAGAAACAGUUCAUCAAUGAAAACAUAAAAAAAUGUAGUGAAUCGUUGGACACUUUGCUCGAUGGCAUGAGACAGAAACAAAAAGCUCACGAAACAGUUGUAACCAGGCAUAAAGAAACAAUGACCGGUCUUGAUCGCAAGUUAAGCGAAGUAAUUCUUCAAAAUAAAGAACUGACUACAUCCAGGGACCAGUUGUUCACAGAAUACUCCAAAUUGAAGGAUGAGCAUGCCUCAAAACAUGAAGAACUGACCAAGAUGGAAAGAGAGUACAGGUCAGUUAUUGACUCUGUUCACAAUUCUGGGAAUGCGAUGGAAAAGCUGCAGAAUGAAAUUAUCAAACUAAGACAAGAAAAUUCAAGACUUAAAUCGGAUUUAGAGAAUACGAUUAACCAGGAAGCAGAUGAUUCGUCCGGUUCUUUGAAUGAUGCUCAUUAUCAAUUAAAGAUAAACGACCUUCGCGCAGAAUUAUUCAUUAUCAAACAGGAACGUGAUUCGCUAAAAGACGAUGUCAUGACUCUCAAAAAGAAACUACUUCAUUCUGAAGCAACACUAUAG